UCUACAAAGCCAGGAGAAACAACCUGCAACCCGACCCAGAGACAGCAGACCCCUCGAAGUGGUUAGCAGACGCGUUUCGUCGGAGUGCUCAAGAUUAAUCGAACGGCGAUUUCUGUCAAUUAGGAAGAUAUAAGUUCGUCGCCGUGACGGGAUGCUGCCUAUCAUCGUUGGAUUGGUCCUAAUACUAGUUGCAAACGAGGUCUCCACAGAACCAGCAAAUGGCUAUCCCAGCUAUGACUACUCUGCAUACAACCCCCAAUAUCCAUCUUACUCCUGGACAGUCGCACAGACUCCUGCUUAUAAUCCAUACGGCUAUCAGACGUACUAUCCUUCUACCGAUCCAUCUCAGGCAACGCAAACUGGGCAACCCGCUUACACGUACAGUUCAGCAUAUCCCUCUUAUCCUUUCUAUUAUCCAUAUCCUGGCUAUCCAUACUAUCCGUUCUAUCCUACCCAGAAACCAUCGGUAGAACCCCAGACCUCUCCUCCUCCCCCAGCAGGCCCUGUCGUCUGGCCCACAGGCAAGCCUAAAACGACGCCCAGGCCCGCUGUUUGGCCGACUGGAAGUCCUACUCGACCCCCGUCUAUUCCUGUGUGGCCCACGAAGAAGGCACCACAGGCGGCGACAACAACAACAACAACGACAACAACAAAGGCACCAUCACGGCCUCCUGUCAAAGCAGAAACUACCACGAGGUCACCGAAGAAACUCGCAUGGCCGACUAGGAAAUCAGCCUCGGCACCGACAACCACGAGUACAGAAAGACCAGAAACAACGCCUGAUUGGCCGAAAGGUCCACCAAAGACGGGAGUCUCUUCUGUUACCGUGAAAUGGCCAACGGAAGUCCCUGUACUUAGUAGAGGAACCACUACGCCCACCGGGACGACCCAAACCCCAGCAGCGCAAACGAAGAGAACCCCAGUUUGGCCCACGAGGUCCCCGAAAUUGCCCCAGUCGCCGAGAAGAAUUCCGGAUGUUACACCCCCUCCUAGGUCACAGGUUCCGGUUUCCAGAACGGGUGCAACGACGGAGAGACCGAAAGGGCAUCGAGGAAAGGACCGGGGAGGAGAGCCCCAAAGACCGACGACCUCCUCCAGGCGAAAGCAGAAGCCCAAAGAGAGAAAACCUAAAGCAAAAUCAACGAGGAUUCCAACAAUCAGCCCGGUCACAACGCCCUUACCUUUCAUUCCGGACGAGGACGCGGAGAUAAUACUGGGCAUGCCGACUUACGUGCCCUUGGUAAAAAUCCCUGGACUCCCUUCGAACUCGACUGACCUCGAACCAAAACUGCCACCAGUGGACCAAGGUGGACCCUCGGCGUCUCACAACUCUGACGAAACGUCAAAUACAGCUGAAGGGACGAUGACAAACAUUUUAUUUGCUAAUUCAACGAAACCAGCCAUUAGUACUUCCACAACAUACGCCAGUAGUCAAUGUAAGAGGCUGUGUCUGGAUGCAAGGGGAAAGCGAUUCUGCUGUGAACACGGAACUGGGAGAUGUCCACCCAAACCAGAGUCGUGCUACGUUCCUCUGUCAGACCCGAUCCCUAGACACAGGUCGAAGGGCCAAUGUCUCGUAGACACCCAAUGCGCUGAGAACUUCAAGUGUUGUUUGGAUUACUGUGAAGAGGAAUACUACUGCACCAGAGUCCAGUUCGAACUUGGAAGAGGAGCCCAGUGACACCCUCAGCACAGAAAAGAAGCAAUGGAAUGUUCAGACAGAUGUAUGUUUAAACCAGAUCAGAUGAGAAUGUUUGUUGUUGUUGGGAGUAACUGAAAGUGGAAGGUUGUUGGCCGUAGGGUUGUGUAAUCACGCUCUUGUAUUUUAUGCAAUAAAAGUUCAA